AUGAGCCUUGACCCGAUCGAGAAAUGCAUGAACGGCACUUGCUACGGGCUCUACCAAGGGAAGUCGGUGCCGACAAGCGCCGCGAGAUAUACAUCUUUGGAACCUACUAUGGCUGCGAUAGCCGUGGACAACGAAACGCCUACCCAUCUUGCAAGCCGUGAUGCAAUCGAUGCCCCGGUUGUAGGGGGCCCGAAAAGCACGAGCGAAGAUAACAUCGUGCAAGAACGCAACCGGAAUGAUAACAUUCCGGAAGAGACUGGCAGCAAGCAAGACGACAAGCAUCAAGAAAAUGACUACGUUCAGGGCAAGGACCAAGCUCACGAUGGAGAGAUGGUACACGAUUACAUGGAGAAUGAAAGCGACGCCGGCACCGAAAGUCUCGCCCCGCUGGAGCCAGCCUGUCUGGGUGGUGUGAGCCUGGUUGCGACAAACAUCAAGAUUGUCCGCGGGGAUAUAGUUGUAGAUACGGUCGGUGGGGAUACCGGUGUUUUGCGACGAAAGGACACCAUCGCGAGUGUCUGGAACAUUUGA